UUGGUCCCUUGUCGCUUGCCGUCAUCAGGCCGACGCCUCACCCGGGUAAACUCCGCCCCCUCCUCGUCUCUCCGGCUUUGUAGUGUCCACGCUGCGGCAACCUGCUUCACGUUGUGACGCCGCAAAAAGAUCAACAAUGGCUCUCCACGUUCCCAAAGCUCCGGGCUUUGCCCAAAUGUUAAAGGAUGGCGCUAAGCACUAUUCAGGUCUUGAAGAGGCAGUUUUUCGGAACAUCCGAGCCUGUAAGGAACUUUCACAGACCACACGCUCAGCCUACGGGCCCAAUGGCAUGAACAAAAUGGUUAUAAAUCACUUGGAGAAGCUGUUUGUCACCAAUGACGCUGCCACCAUCCUCAGAGAGCUGGAGGUGCAGCAUCCGGCGGCCAAAAUGAUCGUGAUGGCCUCCCAUAUGCAGGAGCAGGAGGUGGGCGACGGCACCAACUUUGUCCUGGUGUUCGCCGGCGCUCUGCUGGAACUGGCUGAGGAACUCCUAAGGAUGGGGCUUUCAGUUUCAGAGGUAAUCGAAGGCUACGAGAAGGCGUGCCGGAAGGCGCUAGAGCUCCUGCCCGAGUGUGUGUGCUCAUCAGCCAAGAACCUCCAUGACAUCAAGGAAGCUUCAGCGCUGAUCCGCACGGCUGUCACCAGCAAACAGUACGGCAACGAGGACUUCCUGUCCAACCUCAUUGCGCAGGCUUGUGUGUCCAUCUUCCCAGAGUCCGGCAGUUUCAACGUUGACAACGUCCGAGUGUGCAAGAUUCUGGGUUGUGGCGUGACGGCGUCCUCAGUGCUGCAUGGUAUGGUGUUCAAAAAGGAAGCUGAAGGAGACGUCACAUCGGUGAAAGACGCCAAAAUUGCAGUCUUCUCCUGCCCCUUUGACUGCAUGGUGACUGAGACCAAGGGUACUGUGCUGAUCAACAAUGCCAAGGAGCUGAUGGACUUCAGCAAGGGAGAGGAGGACAUGAUGGAGACCCAGGUCAGGGCCAUCAAGGAGGCGGGCGCCAAUGUGGUGGUGACGGGCGGCAAGGUUGCUGACAUGGCGCUGCACUACGCAAACAAGUACAAGUUGAUGGUGGUUAGACUCAACUCCAAGUGGGACCUGAGGAGGUUAUGCAAGACAGUGGGAGCCGUAGCUCUGCCGAGGCUGACUGGGCCUACCCCUGAGGAGAUGGGUCACUGCGAUAGUGUUUCCCUGACAGAGGUCGGUGACACUCAGGUUGUAGUCUUCAAACACGAAAAAGAAGACGGGGCCAUCUCCACAGUGGUAAUCCGCGGCUCCACGGACAACCUGAUGGACGAUAUCGAGCGUGCCAUCGACGACGGAGUAAACACCUUCAAGGUCUUGGUUAGGGACAACCGUCUAGUCCCUGGAGCGGGAGCCACCGAGAUUGAGUUGGCCAAGCAGAUCACUUCCUUUGGAGAGACCUGCCCGGGUUUGGAGCAGUACUCCAUCAAAAAGUUUGCAGACGCCUUUGAGGCAUUGCCGCGCGCCCUGGCGGAAAACUCUGGCGUGAAGGCCAACGAGCUCAUCUCUAAGAUGUACUCGGCGCACCACGAGGGCAACAAGAACGCGGGCUUCGAUAUUGAGGGAGACGGCCCCUCAGUGAAGGAUGUGGCCGAGGCUGGCAUCCUGGAUCCUUACUUGGUCAAAUACUGGGGCAUCAAACUGGCCACCAACGCCGCCGUUACAGUACUGCGAGUGGACCAGAUCAUCAUGGCCAAACCAGCGGGGGGCCCCAAACCUCCGCAGGGAAAGAAGGACUUUGACGAGGACGACUGAUCUCACCCGCUCCCCGCUCUUUUUGAAGUGUUUAUUUAAAGCUAAGCAGUUUUGGUUUAUUUUGCAGUAAUUCUUUGCAACAUCAGAUGACUGGAGAGAUGGCAGUGUUACGUGGUCUUCCUCGCAAAUAAAAGGAACUUGCAGUCAA